GAGCGUGUAAUGGUAAGAAAACAAUAAGUCGUGAUUAUGUAAUUUCACAUAUAAUCAUCAUCUUGAUUUGUUGAAAUGAUCAAUCUGUGACAGGGGUUAAUACUAUUGUCUUUGUUUUGCAAAUUUGAAGCUCGCAGCGUGUGACAAUCUGAGGACGAUAUUGAUUUAAUAUCGCUGCCUGAAGUAUUUAGUUGUAAACAGCGCCGAUGAGAAGCAGUCCUUUCUUACUUAAAGCUGACAUUUAAUAUAGCAACGAAAUGAUUAAAACACGUAAUUUGUUUCCACGAAUCAUUGCGUUGAUCCUACUCACUCUUCAAGCUGGACUGCUCGAUUAUUUUCUUGUCAAGCAUCAAAAUUUAAAAUGGCUCGCUUGGAUAGUCACGGAUGUAUUCAUAGUAAUGGUGUGGACGAUGGCUAUGCUGGGCUCAACAAUACCGAUUUGCAGCUUGUUUCGAGGUUGGCUGGUUAAGAACCCAAAAGGCAAUGACUUCACAGCGACGUAUGUUGCCUGGCUGGCUUACGCCUUACAUUUUGCUCCUCAGGUUGCAACCAUCUUCAAAGUAUUUGCCGACGAGCUCGACAGAGAGAGUUUUCUCAAUCCGAACUUUUUGAAAUUGACGUUGUCAAUAACACCGAUGUUAUUUGUAUGUCUUGUCUACUCACAUCAUAAGUCCAGGGAAUCGUUUGCUAGAAAAACCUACGUUCAGAUUCUUGUGAGUUCUGUGACACUCGACCUGUUCGAUUCCGUUGAGAUAUUAGAGUAUUUGUUUGACAAGGAAUUUAUAUCGUCGUCCAUCGAAAUUGCAAUAAUCGUAUUUGCUUGUGUUAACUUUUGUCUACCUGUGUUAGCACUUUAUGAGCUAAAAAACAACGAAUUUCGCGAAACAGGCCAAGUUCCUACGGUGUCAUUCAAGCUUCUAUAUGUAUGUUCAUUUCUUUUCCUCGUGAACAUACCGUUCUUAGUGAUUCGUGCUUACUUGUGGCACACGUACAAGCUGGAUGUAUCCAUUCUCUUUGCAAAGAAUAUUCUUGGUAUUUAUUUUGGUUUUGCGGAGAUCUAUGAAUAUUACAGCGAGACGAGGCCUACGCAGUGCCAUGGCUGCGACGAAACAUUUGCUAAAAGUUACAUCAAGAAUCACAUGAAAACGUGCUUGGAGAAAGCUGAGCAAACUGAGUUAAGGGAGACGGAAGAACAGACGAUAGAAAACGUCAACGGACAACAGAAAACUUAUCUCUAAUGAGACGUUUACUACAUGAUUGCACAUGCAGUUUACCUUAGCUACAUAUUAAGCUAGGAUGGGAUUAUGCACCUGCAUGCAUAUUUAUUACAAUAUUUAUAUAGCUACUCUUGUUAUUUAUAAACCUUAAUAUGUUCAAAUAUCACGGCUGGUUAUACGAAAAGAAAGGCCAGGGUGUUUGCAAGUUUUUGCAUCAAUGAAGUUCGAUGACUAACUUAUACGACGGUUGCGUGCACGCGCGCUCAUUAUUAUACGUCUUCUCGGAGUCAUGAUCAUCGGAUUAUGAAAUGACGAACAGCAGUUUGCCAUUUUAGAUCAUAUGGUUUGAAAUGAUUAUCUAUUGUACUGUACUUUUAGGAAGAUGAAUAAAAAUACUUUGUAAGUGUAUCUAACAUUGUUAUAACAUGUAUUUAUAUAAUAACCUUCAAAUUGUCUUUAUACUCCCGACGGCUGGACU